AGGCGCAGGUGCCAAACCGAAACUUCCCGCAAGUAUGUAAAUAUAAUACACAAGCCUUUCAAGGCCAUUCUUUCGCCUUAACGAGCCUUAUUUGAGAUAGCUUUUUUAAGUGAAAACACUUACCCUGACGAUAGUGAAUUGGGAGAAAGUUUACUCACAGUCUCCUCUUUGAAGAAGGUAAAGUGAUGCCUCAAAUUACGUCAGCUGUCAUCCUUCAGUUAACUCUUCUUCUGUCAGCGCUACCUGCGCAGUAUAUCAUAUCCAGAUGGACGAGCGGUAAUGCUGUGCAACGCGACCAAGCCACUCAGAGAAUUCUAGACACAUGGGUGCUCUUGAGAAAAAACUACUUAAACACGGCGGCUUGGGUUGACUGGCUAAAUUCCUGGAUUCCUAAACUACUAUCCUUUGAAGAGGAAGUCGAUCCACAGCAAACCAUGGAAGAGGCGCUCAGAAUUGAGCUUUUCAUGCAUGACAAUGAGCAUGGAUAUUUCGCAGUCUCAAAGGAACCACGAAGUCCCAGGCCAUCAUAUGUGUUGCACCGUGUGGGUCAAGUCGUCAUAGAAAAGCAGAAUGGAAUGCUGGGGGUGAUAGUGGGCUGGGAUGUAGGACUCCGAGCUCCCCCGGAGUGGACGAAGAGAAAGAAAUACACAGACUCAGAGUUAGAGAGGGCCUUGGACACUCCUCAUUACAGAAUUCUGUUCAGUGGACCGGAUUCUUCAUCAAUACUGAUUGGAUAUAUUCCACAGAAUAACAUACAGCUCAUUAAAGGCUUUAAGCCGGAUAUUCCUACUCUAGAACAAUAUUUUUCACAGUUCGAUGGGGAAAGGUUUGUUAUGGAGGAAUGGUUAGAAGAGAUAUACCCUCAAGACUGAAUGAGCAACAAAACAAAGCUUUAAAAGGAAUCUGCACUUGGAAACAUACAUGAACUCUUCUUUCAUAUAUUGUCAGGGCGAUGCUUUUUAAAUGUCCCAUUAGAAGAUCAAAACCCAUGAAGACUGACUUGGAAAUAUUAGAUAGAUUACUUGAUAUAGCCUAUUUAUUUUGAUAAGCACAACAAAAGGAUUAUUUCUGUUCAGGGAAUGUCGUAAAACAACAGUAUUGAUAAAAGAUAAACAGUGUUUAAAGUAAAAACAUACAUAAACAGA